AUGUCAGUUGGGCCAGCAAUGAUGCCGUCAGGCACAGGAAUGAACAUGCUAAACCCUAUCUCUCAAAGAUGGGAAGAGCAGGUGCGGAAUAUUGUUAUGAAUGUGGGUGGGACUCGUCUCUCCGUAAUUAUAGCACGAGACCCAUUUCGAAUAUAAUUCUUUACUGUCAUGAGUAUUUUUUACCGUCAGGGGUCGCUCCGGGUUGUUGUAUGUAUGGCGCCAUUCAUUGAGGACCCAAGUUAUAGGAGAAUGCCGCUCCAGCUAAAUAAGAAGGGCCCAAAGAAGGGGAACGACAUUCCCAGAUCGACGCCCCCAAUGAGUGGAAGCGUUCAUUGUGACUUUUGUUUCGUUAAAAUACUUCGCUUUCGUGUAAGUCGUUGCGAAUUUGCUUCCCCCUUCUUUGUUGAUAUCUUUCAUCACUACCAAGAACAAGCCCUUCCUCUAACUCCAAAGCUGGCGUUGCAGCAUAUGCGGAGGAACGAAAAUUGGUCAUAGUAUUAGAAACCGAUGACUACGUGGGUCACUCCUUUUGGUUGGCCGCAAGCUUGCAACUAGCCGCAACGAUAUUUUUUUAUGCUCCCCGCCCUCAAACGAAUUACUGUCGCGCCGCGCGAACAUACUUAUUAAUAAUGACAACUACUAUACUUAUUUUCAAACGAAUCUCGACUGUGUGCCUUGUUGCUAAUCAGCCGCUAGUGUUUUUCUUGACAAUUAUAGUACUCACCAGUCCCAUGGCGGCUGUGGGAAAAGUCCAACAAGUACUACUUCGCACAAGCAAGUCAAAAUCAGCAAUCUAUUCCUGCUUGAAGCUUUCCAUCUCUUCGUGGAAUGAAGUCUUGUUGUUUUUGUUUGGAGUACAAGACUCAGAAGAUUGAAUCUCCUGCAACUAGCAUUGAGGUGCUAACAUUGAGGUAAGUAGUUCGCAACCUGUAGGUCUUCAUUCUUUUGUCUCUAAUAAGCCUUUUUCCAAGUUUUCUUGGUUCCUAGGCGAUGGGCGAACUCAAUGAUAGUGGCUGGCCUCGUGACCGGAAUCGCAUGGCAUCAUUAUACCUACAUGAAAGACCUCUGGGCAGAGACAAAAUCAGCGCCGACGGUCUAUCGAUAUAUGGACUGGUAUGAUUAUUUUUUCGGCUUUUUUCUUUGAAUGUAAGAUUAAGCCACGAUAGAUGCGACUGCUACGGGUGAUUUAAUUGUCGACAGAAGAUUCGAAAAUAUCGAUAUCCAACUAAGUAAAACAGGUUGAUCACGGUGCCGCUCCAAGUGGUAGAGUUUUAUCUCAUCUUGUUAAGGCAUUUCAACAUGACAAAUUACUUUUCAAGUCUUCGUUUGGCUUUGGCAUGAAUUAGAACGGUAAGCGCUUGCUUAUCUGUACUCAAAAACGAAGCCCGCUUCCACAAAGACUGGAAGGCACAGCUCAAAGUAGAAAUGCAAACCUGAGUGACCAUGUCGUGACAGAUAACAAGAACAUCGCGGAGAAGAAGUCGCCAAAAGAUUCAACCACUACUUUUCUUUAUGUUACCUGAGAUAAAGCUCCACCAUACACCAACGCUGUAAGCAAGCGGACUGCCGCAUAAGUAAUCUAUAAAUAUCUAUUGCCACUGGUCUUGAGUGUAGUUUUUCUUGACAUGUCAAAAGCUUGAUGCUUCCUUUUGUACCCCCCUACUCUAAUCUCUCUAGCAGCUAGUCCCGAGGAAGAUGAGGGCACAGAUAAAGAAGAAAAGCAGCUAAAAUUAGGGUCAAAUCUUUUUUUCCGACUGCUUUCGGCAUCACUGCUCAUGCUUGUCUUUGGAUAUAUGGUACCUACUUAGAUAGACAUCAAUGGGAACAAGGAAAUACUCUUUGUCAGAUAUUUAUAUAUCAGGAUAGCCACACACGCGAUUUUGGAUCAGCGCCACACGCUUGAUUAUUUUUUUCACCAUCAGUUGCAUUUGAUUUAAAGGAAAUAAUUUGACGACCUCCUUCUCAUAGGUCCCGCCUUCCAUUGCCCAGCAGGAGCAUCAUCUCCAUCCCACCUUCCCUCCCAUCCUCCAUCCCCCAACCGACAGGGCGAAACCGAAGUUUCCGACAAGUGGGUUGCUUUUGCAAGUGGGUGCUUCUGUUGGUUCUACAUCGUGUAUGAGGUUUAUCUCGGAGAAGCAUCCCGCUUAAACGCCAGGCUUAGUCUAGGACGAGCCAAGAAAUUUUUGAAGCAGCGUGACCAAGAAAAAGACGCGGUGACGAUGGGGAGUAAUUAUGGCCACUGGGAAAUGAUAAUAGUGUGUAUCAUGUGAUAUUUUUUUAGUACUCUAGUAGCAGUCAUGAUGGGAAACAAAUAUGGCAAUAAUUGAUUUAAUGAUGUAGCUUUUCUUGGUUCCCGAGGUCCACUUUCUUACCAUAGCGCACUAGUUUAUAAGACGCAUGGAGUGCAUGGAGUAGACUUGGGGUGUAGCAAAUUUCUUGCUACUCAAUGCUGCUCGAUGUGAUCCAUGCACUCCCUGCCAUGCGACCGCCAAAACCCAAACUAAGUGAUGAACCAAACAGAGUGCUGACGAAUUUUAUUUUUUCUUCCUCCCUUCUUCAUAACCCACCAGAAAUGGACGCCAACGCAGCCCUUCGGGAGUUCAAGAAACCAGAAGCGCAACUGGCCUUCGAAAUUUUGAGGGCAAUCAUCUUCCUGGGCUGGGCCUUGUAUCCUAUCGGCUACGUAGCAGGCAACAUGGGUGGCGAUAACGAAGUGGAAACGUUGAAUGCUAUUUACAAUUAUGCGUUGGAUGCUAUUUACAAUUAGCAGGACCACGAACCCAGGCCUGCGCUUAGUUAGUGGUAGAUAAGUACUUGCCUGACUUUUCUUUGUUCGGUUUUUGUUUUUUCUAGUUAGGUCUGCUCCGCCAACAUUAUGAGGUGGGAGUAUAUAAGGAGUAUUGUUGUGUACACCCCUUUUAUUUACUUUUUACAAGAACUGACACUGAGUGGUCAAUUUAUUAAAGUCGAUUAGAUAUUUGACAGCUCUUGUCGAGGCUUGUAGUUUCCGAGCCCAUUCGACUCCGAUUAACCUCCAGUAAAGGCACACACGAGCGAGGUCCCCCUUCUCUUUUUCUCUAACUUCUCGUAG